UGAUCUGAAAUAUAACCACCACAAACUCCAACGGUUCUCUGUUCUCUCGGCAUUUGCAAGCUUCAUUCAUUCAUUCAUGGCUACCGAACUCUUCUUCACUCCCGUUACCAAUCUUCCUCGCCCACUUGUAAAUUUCCCAGAAAACCCGCUAAGAAUCCCUCUUCUUACACUUCCACCCCUUACUACAUCUUCUGGGUUUUCGUCCUUGAAGACUGUUUCAAGCUCCAAAGCUGGAUCAUCAUCAGCUCUUCGCACUGUGCAAGAAGUGAUUCAAGCUCCAAAUUCAGAUUCCCAAACUGCCCCUCCUUCGUCUUCUAAGCUUGUUCUUGUUGUUGGUGGCACUGGUGGUGUGGGGCAAUUGAUAGUGGCAUCGCUGCUUAGCCGGAAUAUCAAAGCACGGUUAUUAAUCAGAAAUCCUGAGAAAGCAGUUACUCUGUUCGGCAAACAUGAUGAGGAAAACCUGCAG